CUGUAAGCGCUCACCGAUAUGAGUUGAGAUUAGAUUCCUUUUGUUUAUCUUCCAAACGCCAAUAUAUAUUGAACCAUAGAAACAAUUGUGCAUAUUCAACCUCAAGACUUUUUCUCUUCUCUUGAAGAAAAUGGCUGCUUCUUUCUUCAACCCAAACUCCCAUUGUAACCAUGUUCGCUCAACCAGCUUGCCCUCUAAACCACACCCUCUAAUUCUAAAGUGCAACGAAUACUUGGCCAAAUUAGAGGCUUCAGCUGCAGCUUCCUCUUCACCACCACCACCACCACCACCACCAUUGAGCCACAAACUAGGUGAGCUUCAGGAUUUGCAUGAUUCUGUUGAGAAAUUAGUUCAACUUUUUGACACUUGUGAAGUUCUUGUCCGAGAGUGCCAAGAUGAGCUCUUGGAUGGAUCUCUUCGGCUACUAGAUGCAUGCACAGCUGCAAAAGAUGCUCUUUUGCAUACAAAGGAAUGUGCAAGGGAAGUUCGAUCAAUCAUGAGGAGAAAAAGAGGACGUGAAAUGGAGUUGACAGUAGAGGUCAGAAAAUACUUGACCUGUAGGAAGGUAGUGAAAAAGGCAAUUUCUAAAGCCUUGGGAAAUUUGAAGAGUUCUUCAAAUAAGUGCAAAUUCACUCCUUCCCACAAGGGCCAUCAGAAUGGGGAAUUGGUGAGCCUGUUUAAAGAUGUGGAAGCAGUCACUGUUCAUGUAUUGGAGUCACUGUUGAGUUUUAUCUGUGGGACAACACAAUCAAAGUCAAACAAUUGGUCUUUGGUUUCCAAGUUAAUGCACAAUAGAAGGGUUUCAUGCACACAAGAAGCAGAUGAGAAUGAGUUCACCAUAGUAGAUGCUGCAUUUCAGUCUUUGGUAUUUCACAGUUCAGGCAAACCAGAGAAUACUGAUCUACUGCAGAACCAGUUGGAAAAUCUGGAGACAGUGAUUCAAGACUUUGUGGAAGGACUGGAAACUCUCUUUAGAAGAUUUAUCAAAACUAGAGUUGCCCUCUUAAAUAUUCUCAAUCACUAGCUGUACAAUUUGAUGACACCAGUCUACUGUAAAUUUGUAUAUUUGAACAGAAUUGAGCUUCUCAA